GUUCAUCAAGUAUCUUUCAGUCAACAAUCGACGAUUGUCCGGUUCGCUUGGUUCCUGGUAUUUGCAACACGCAUAACCUAAACAUUUUGCCCCAUAGUGGUCCUACGAGAGGUUCGACCAAAUUCGUCGAAGAGUUGCAGUUGUUUCCAAAAAGAGGAAGAGAAAGAAGACCUCUCCCAUAUUCUACCAUUACCAAUAUAUUCAAAAGAAUCAAAGACGUGGGUGCAAUAUUUGGUCUGAGGUUGAAGACUGAGGGACAAUAUUAAUACUAUUUUAUUUUGGAAAUUAUUAUAAGGAUACUAGUAAGAAGAAGGGGAAUACAACGGAUGUUUUGCAUUACUCGCAGUGUUUGAAUGAGUUCACGUCUGUGUCACACUUGAGGUCUCAUCAGAAUUUUGUUCAUUCGAAGAUGGGUAAAAGCAAAUGCGAGAUUUGCGGCGAAGUGUUCAAAACAGCCCGAUGGUUAGAAAUUCAUCUUGCCAAUGAACACGCAUGUAAAGAGUGUGGAAAGAUCCUGAAGACUGUCUCGGAUUACGACCAGCAUCGAAAAACCCAUCUAAACAUCACUUUAAGCAGAGAUCCGAAUACGCACAGUUAUCAGCGUUUAAAUAGAACAUGUAAAAUAUGCGAGAAAGGUUUUGCAACUGACGAAGAGCUCGAGGAGCACAUGCUGCUGCACGAUAGGAUGCCCGUGCUCGAGGCCGAAGAAGAUGAUGUUGAGGAUGUGGAGGAGGAGGAUGACGAUGAUGAAGUUGUGGUACAGGAAAGGGAUGUUGAAGAGUUGAUGGUUGAGGAAAGGGAGUUGGAGGAGGUUGUCAUCGAGGAGGAAGAUGUCGAGGUGGAAUUGCAGGAGGUGCAUGUGACCAAGAAGCAGUCCGGACGCAACGAUAAAUUUCAUCCGGAGAAGAAGAGUAAGGUGGACUUUCCGAAGCCGUGCGAUGAAUGCGAUCGUGUGCUUUACUCGCUCUCCGGUUGGGUGAUGCACAAGAAGAUGCACGAUCGUAACAAUAAGUUGCACAAAACGGCCAAGGCUCCGGCUGUCAGCGAAAAUGACGAUUCGGAUUAUUUCACUUGCAAGAAGUGCUUCAAGGUGUUCGCCAAUCGCUCCACCUUGAAGACGCACAUGAAAUGUCACGGGGCAAGUCCCGCGAAAUCACCGAAGAAGACCUAUUGGUGUGAUAUCUGUCAUCAGGGGUGUCCGGGCGCUGAAGAGCUGGAAGCGCAUAAGCUCGAACACGAGAACAACAGCGUCGAUUUGACAGAAUCGGAAGACGGCGAUUUGGAUACCAGCCUGCUUAUACCGAUGGAACAGGUGAGCACGAUGGAUCAAUGGAGCGAUCACCCGGAUGCUGACCACAACGAUGCAACAACCACUCCGAACUACGAAUGCGAAGUCUGCGGUAAAUCCUUCAGCGCUCCUCUAUCCCUCAAAGUCCAUAGGUCUUGGCACAAGAGGAUCCAGAGGAAGGUACCGGAUGCGAUAGUUGUUGAGCCUUCCCCAUCUCAAUCGUUCAAAUGCAUUUCGUGCGCGAUGCGUUUCGAUGAUGACACCGCUCUACAGUUGCACAUCUUCGAAUGCCACAGGAAGACAUCGAUGACGAUCGAGAGGCGGAUAUUCAGAUGCGAGAUAUGCGACAUCGGUUUCGCGCUCAAGAGCGAGUACGAGUUGCACGAGAUGCAGCACGAGAGGCCCAUCGAGAAGAGACCCAGAGUGACGUGCAAGUAUUGCAAGAAGAAUUUCAGCCGCACCAGCUACCUGAACAUGCACAUGAACUACAAGCAUCCGCAGCACGCAAUUGCAGGACAAUACAAAUGCACGCUGUGCGAGAACGUCUUCGACAAGCAGUCUGCCCUCAACAUCCAUCUGAGGGUGCACGAGAAAAUGAACGGAAGUUCGAACAAUCCCAACAUCGUCACACACAAGUACACCUGCUCGAUUUGCCAAGUCGGCUUCGACAUUCCCAAGGAAUUGAAAUUGCACGUGAUCGACAUGCAUCCGUUCUAAAUCGACCAAUGAAUUUAUAUUUUUCUUCACUAAACUUCCCUAACCAUACAAAAAAUUCAACAAUUUUAAUAGUAUGACUAUUUUAUUACUAUAUUAUUCUUUCAUAGUAUUAGUUGUGUUUAAGGUUUAUAACAUAUAUAUUAUUUUUAUUUAUAUAAUUGCAAUCUGUCUGUUAUGUCAAAAAACCUCCCCCCCCCCUGUAAAUUUAGCGAAAAGAUUUAAUGACUGAUUCAAUGCACUCAUGUGAGAUGUCGAAAUAAAUAAAUAUAUAUUUUUAUAUUUCUCGCUGUUACCCAUAUUGUAAUUAAUAUAAAUACACACUUGUAGCUAUAAUCGAAUACAAUUAAAUUUUUAUUAACUUCGUUAAUAAUAUAUCGAUCAUACACGACUUCCUACACUUCACUAAACCGCUUUUUUAUCAAUUACGAGAAAGCAAUUUCAUCAAUAAAUACACUUGAAAGUACCAUUGCGAGAAGCCUGCAAGUAUAUUAAUAAAAGCAAUCUGCAAAUAGAUGUUUCAAUGAGUAUGAGAUUCAGUUCAGGUUCAAUUUCCUCACAUGUCAUAUGCAGU